AAACACUUUGGUCCCAAUUUACAACUCAUAGCUAUUUCUUUCGUUUUCGCUUCCAAGAAAAGUCUACGCGUUGCAUUUUAUGUUCUUUCGGUUUGAUCGCCCAAUUCAUUAGUUAUAAGAACCCAAUUCUUCAUACGUUGCCGAAUUUGAUCGUCGUUGAAUUCUGAUUAAGUCAAUUGUUUCCCAGCUGCUGAUUCAUGGCUGUCUCACCUGAAUCUUUUCCGCCGAGGAAACGGCGGCCGUCGGCAGGGGCGGGGUCAUUCGUCGCCCCCAAUCUCUCCGAUCACCGCCUACUUGAGUCGCUCCUCACAAUUACGCUGGAGAUUUCGUCUAUGCAGCCCGUUCGAUUUCUCCUCAAGAAGAACACUUGUUCCAUGAUUAGGAGGGCGAAGCUGAUGAGCCUUUUGUUCGAGGAGCUUCUCCGGAGUCCGGCGGUUGCGGGGUUCCCGCCGACUGCCGUGUUGUGUUUUGAUGAGCUGUCCAUAGCUUUGCAGAGGAUACGGAGUUUGUUGGAGGAUUGCCGGAAUUCCAGCAAGAUGUGGCUGCUGAUGCAGAGCGAGCCGAUCUCCAAUUCGUUUCACGAGCUCGCCGUGGAAUUAUCGACGCUGCUGGAUAUUCUUCCGGCGGAAGACUUGAAGCUGAGCGAAGACGUGGAGGAACUGCUUUGCCUUAUCAGGAAACAGAGCUCCGAGAAGGAAGCUUAUGUGGAUUCCGGCGAUGAAACCCUACGGGCUGAGGUUCUUCAUAUGCUUGAUAGAAUUAAACGGGAAAUCGUUCCGGAUCACACGAAGCUCGCCCAGAUUUUCGAUAGAUUGACCUUGCGGGACUCCACGAGUUGCAGAGAUGAAAUCCAGAGCUUGGAAGAGGAAAUCCUCAGCCAAACGGAUGAGAAAUCGAAAUCCGAUAUCGUCGCUUUGAUCAGCCUGGUUCGCUACGCGAAAUGCGUGUUGUACGGCGCUUCCACUCCCAGAGGCGGCGGGAGGCGGCGGAAGACGGCGGCGGACGUCAACAUCCCGGCGGAUUUCCGUUGUCCGAUAUCUCUCGAUUUGAUGAGAGACCCUGUGGUCGCGUCCACGGGACAGACGUACGACCGCUCCUCGAUUGCUCUGUGGAUCGAAUCAGGUCACAACACGUGUCCCAAAACGGGUCAAACGUUGACCAGCUCGGAGCUGAUUCCCAACAUAGCGUUGAAGAAUUUGAUAGCUAUGUGGUGCCGGGAGCAGAGAAUCCCGUUCGAGUCGCCGGAGUCGAACGUUAAAUCUCACGGCGCCGUUACCAACAAGGCGGCAUUGGAGGCCACGAAGAUGACGGUGUCGUUUCUGGUCAACAAGUUGAAGGCUUCGCGGUCAGUGGAUGCGGCUAAUCGACUGGUUCACGAGCUUCGGGUCUUGGCAAAGACCGAUUCCGAUAGCCGAGCCUGCAUCGCCGAGGCCGGAGCUUUACCGGUACUCGUUAAGCUUUUAGGCUCGGACUACCCGAGCCUACAGGUUAACGCCGUCACAACAAUCCUCAACCUCUCCAUUCUCGAGGCGAACAAGACGAGGAUAAUGGAGAUGGACGGAGUCUUAAACGGCGUUAUCGAGGUGCUAAGGUCCGGCGCCACAUGGGAGGCGAAAGGGAACGCGGCAGCCACGGUGUUCAGCUUGACAGGUGUAACCGCGUACCGGAAGAGCCUGGGCAGGAAGACACGUGUCAUAAAGGGACUGGUGAACCUGGCUCGCGAAGGGCCCACAAACUCCAAGCGGGACGCCAUGGUGGCAAUUUUGAAUUUGGCGGGAGACAGGGAAACCGUCGGAAAGCUGAUCGAAGGAGGAGUGGUGGAGAUGACCGGCGACGUGAUGGACACACUGCCGGAAGAGGCGGUGACCGUCCUGGAAGUGGUGGUUAAAAGAGGCGGAGUGGCGGCAAUCGCGGCGGCUUAUCCGAUCAUCAAAAAACUGACAAAGAUACUAAGAGACGGAACUGACAGAGCACGGGAAAGCGCGGCCGCAACGCUGGUUAAUAUGUGCCGGAAAGGCGGGUCGGAGAUGGUGGCGGAGCUGGCGGCGGCUCACGGAAUCGAGCGGGUAAUUUGGGAGAUAAUGGGAAUGGGAACCGGGAGAGCGAGAAGGAAGGCGGCGACAUUGUUAAGGAUACUAAGGAGAUGGGCGGCGGGCCUAAACGAAGAUGUUCCAUCCACCGCCUAUUCAACUGUGAAUAAUAAUAAUAAUAAUAAUACUUCCACAACUAUAGUAUUGCCAGGGUAACCUCUGUGUUAUUAUUCAACUAUCAUUGUUACAUUCAUUUUUUUUUUUUUUUCAAAUUCUGUUUAUGAUUUCAAAAUCUUUCUUUUCUUCAUUUAUUUCAUAAAACUUGAACCUCAAACUGUAAUAUGAAUUCUCCAAAUCUCGUGAAAUGUACAAUUAUUCUUCUAUACUA